AUGAUAAGGACAGGCUUCCAGGUGGCAGCAAGACUCGCCCGUCCCCAGGCCCUCCCUGGCCUGCCCAGCAUCCUACCCAGAGUCAGCCCUGCCGCAGCCUUCGGAUCCUCCUCCGACGCCCUGGUGGCGAGGUUCUGUGUGGAGAAGCCAGAUGUGAGGGACUAUGCCCUGCCCAAUGCCAGCUGGUGCCCGGACAUGCUGAGCCUGUACCAAGAGUUCCUGGAGAAAACCAAGACUGGCGGCUGGGUCAAACUGCCCUCCUUCAAGUCCAACCGGGAUCACGUGAAGGGGCUCAAGCUUCCCUCGGGGUUGGGGUGUGACGAUCCCUCAGACAACAGUGACUGGCGCAUCGCUACCCGCUGCAUCCCACAGGAGGGGCAAGGCUUCGAGUAUGUCAUCUUUUUCCACCCAUCCAAGAAGAAGUCUGUCUGCCUUUUCCAACCAGGCCCGAACCUAGAGGGGGCCCCUGGGUACGCCCACGGAGGCUCGCUGACCGCCAUGAUCGACGAGACCUUCUCCAAGACCGCCUACCUGGCCGCUGAGGGGCUCUUCACGGUGAACCUGAACAUCAGGUUCAAAAACCUCAUCCCCGUGGGCUCUCUGAUCGUGCUGAACGUCGAUGUGGCCAAGACUGAGGAGCAGAAGGUGCAUCUGUCCUGCAUCGCCCAGAGCAGGGACGAGCAGACGGUCUACGCCAAGUGCUCAGGUGUCUUUCUUCGGCUUCCGCUGGAAGAGGAGUAGCCCCGGGAACAUGUCUCCACCUUCAGGAACAUACUGGGGCCUGCACAGACCGGGGAGGGACCCCAGAGAGUGAGGGCACUCGCCCUGAAUAAACAAUCUCAGCUCCAUGCUCAGUUCAAGGCCUCACUGCAACUGGGGUUCAAAAUUGUUCAAGGUUCCGUGUGUCUGUCUCUGUCACACACAGAAUCGAGCAUGUGUAC